AUGGCUGCAGUAAAGGACAGCCAGCGGAUACCGCUCUGGCUGGAUUGUGACCCUGGACACGACGACGCGUACGCCCUCCUCCUCGCCUGCCACGACCCUCGCGCUGAACUCCUCGGAGUCAGCACCGUACACGGCAAUGCAUCGCUCGACCAGACGACGCUGAAUGCGCGGGCAACGUUGGAAGCGAUAGGAAAGCGCGACAUCAAGGUCUACAUUGGUGCUCAUAAGCCCAUCAAACGCAAUGCCGUGUCCGCCGUCGAUAUUCACGGCGAGUCCGGCUUGGAUGGAGUCACGCUCCUCCCAGAACCCGUUGAGCCACCAGCCACCGACGUCGAUACUCUGGAGGCCAUGUACAAGGCUCUAAUAGCUACACCACCGAACACAGCAUGGCUCGUGGCUACCGGGACUCUGACCAACAUCGGACUGUUGUUCCAGAAAUACGAUGAUCUGGCCGGCCACAUCAAGGGCCUGAGCAUCAUGGGCGGUGCCGUCGGCGGAGGCUUCACAGACGCUCCAAUGGGCAAGACAAAGCUCGAAGGCGAACGCUUCGGCAAUUGGACUCCCUAUGCUGAGUUCAACAUCUACGUCGACCCCGAGGCAUCACACAUCAUCUUCUCGCACCCGAUCCUCAGGUCAAAGACGACUCUUAUUCCGCUGGAUCUGACACACCAGGUCUUGGGCACAAAGGACGUCCAGCAUACGCUCUUGUAUGGGUCUGAUGCACCAUUAGACCCGAAGGCAGCAGAUACUUCCCACACGCCUUCCCGCGUGCGCGCCCUGUAUAAGCAGAUCAUGGUGUUCUUCGCUAGCACCUAUGCUGAGGUGUUCGCCAUCACUGAGGGCCCGCCGCUGCACGACCCACUUGCUGUAUCCGCUGCGAUUUACCCCGAGAUCUUUGACGACAAGGAUGGUGAGCGGUUCCGGGUAGAUAUCGUCACGGAGGGCAUCCAUUCGGAGAUACCGGAAGAGGUGGGGGAGCUUGGUAGGACAAAGGUCGUCAAGUUGGCUCCUGGUGAAGAUGGCUGCAGGAUACCCCGGGGAGUUGAUUUGUCCAAAUUCUGGGGGAGCAUAGAGAGUUGCCUGAAGAGGGCUGAUGAAGCUAGUCCGAUGCCAGCGAUUAGUCGUGAAGAAUUGGUGGAGCUUGGGGUGAUAUAG